CGAACGUUCUUUGUCCAAUUCCCUUGGACGCCCUAUUUGAAUGUACUUGAAUGUACUUGUAACAACAACCGAUUUGAUCGACUCAUUGAAAUAUCUAAAUAUUAUGGAAAGACAGUUAUCCGGAAAUGAGACUCAGCUAUCAGAAAAUGAUGAAAACGAUGUGACAAAUACCAAUGCCAUUAAUUCUACGAUUUCGAAAGACUUGAAUGUUCUUCAAGUUGUCUGCAGUAGCACCGUUGCUAAAGACAGUAAUAUUCCCGGGAAUAUCGACAAAAUAGUUAUUUCUUCGGUAAAGAAUGGCAGCGUUGCUGACUGCAAGGCAUUCGAUUAUUCCAACACAACCGAACGUGUUGGAAUCGAGAAUUAUCGCACGAAUUCCACCGAAAAUUCUAAACUACCUGAUCCCAACAACGACGCAAUUCCUGGAAGUACUGUCAUGUCUACUUUGAGAUUUCCAUCAUGGUCUAACUACAAUACUCUCUUGAUUCCAUCUGUUACUCUUGAAGAAAAACCUGUUGUCCAUAGCCAAGUUUCCUCGCCCCAUUCUAAAGAAACAGUGUUCAGUAAUCUAACCCCUAAACAGAAAUACCCAGGUCACGUAUCAAAUGCAGAACUGGCUAUGAUGAAACUCUCUGCCAAGACAUGUCAAAUGGCCAACGCCCUUGCCACGGAUGGAUUGCCGUUUGGGGUUUUUCUCGAGAAAAGAUUAAAGAAAAAUUUUUCUUUGAACGGUUUCUGUGUUCAGAAUGGCAAGAAUUUGAAUUUAAUUCCUGAAUUGGGAUUUACUGAGAAAAUUUCCGAAAACCCAGGACCGUUUUGUCCCGACACUGAUUUCCAUGUUUUCCGCCUCCAGUUCACACAGUUGCCUCAGGCUUGUCCUACUUGCUGGAGCAGUCAAAGGAAUCGAUUAGAGCACCAUGAGUAGAUGACUGGCUCAUCUGUCCUUUAAACCUCCGAGAAAACCACAAAACCUGUUUCCACAUUUCAAUUCAUUAAAUCUCCAAAUUAACUAA